UAUCAUUUUUGGCCAAUGAAAAUGAAGGUAAUACAAGUCACUUUGAAGUGGGUUUAUUUUAAAAUGAAAAAAUCCAAAAAAAUAUUUUUUUUUCUACCCUUCCUCUUUAUUAUACCAGAAAAUGUCAGACUUGAAGCAAUUAUCACAAAAAAGAUAUUGGGGAGGAAUUUUAGCACUUGGUGCUGUUGUUCUUAUUUGGGUGUCCUCGUCCUUUGCUAUGAAUAGUUUAUUUGGAGACAUGAAUUACAAUAAACCUUUUCUCGUUACGUAUCUGAACACCGCCACAUUUUCCUUUUACUUGAUUCCAAUCCUAUUUAAACGACUUGGACAAAAACACAAACAAAUGUCAUCAUCCACAACAGAGCGUACAAAGUAAAUAUUUUAUUGACAAAAAAAAAAGCACGCAAUUUGUUCAUUGGAUUUAAUCAUUUGCAUUCCUUGUUUAUAUUAGACUUUUCAACGAUGAAUUAGAGCCAGUAACCUAUUCCGCAGUA